CGAAACAAUGAAUUCCAACGUUUUCCAACAUUACUCAAAAUUUUAGCAAUUCAUCAAAUUCUCAUUAAUAAUCAAAACGAUAAGCCUACAGGUCUAUGUCCUUGAACUUCUUUCAGAAGCUCAUUAUACAAAAAGCUGUCGAAAGAAAUUAAAUUUUUCUGAUCGACACUGUUUAGGGAAACCGCAUCAAAAUGAUAAUCGUAAAUUUGAAUUUCUGUACAUCUAUUGCAAUACCUAUAUCUAUAAUAAUUCAAACAACACUUUUGAAAAACUGCCUGAUGGUAAGGCCGUAGGUGCACCUGUUUGCCAAAAGUAUACAAGGACUAUAAUUAAAGAAAAAUAUCUGUAUUUAUUCUUUGCCAAAUGUGGGGAUAACCUCUAGUCGACCGCUUUGAGGUCGAGGAGUGCAGCUGUGAAGCUUGCAUGACAAUACUGCAUAUAAGCUAAACGGAUGAUCUGGAUUUCCCGCAGUGUUUUUUUUUUUUUGCUACUGAAAAAAUCGAGCUUCAGACUCUGAAAUCAACAAAAACUUUACAAGACAAGAAGCAGUUGAAGAGAAGGAGGUCUAUUGUAUUCGGGUAAAAACUAUCAAAAUGAUUUUUGUCAGCUGGCGGAAUGCUUGCAUGAAAUGUCCAACAGAAUGUAGGUUAAAGACGCUCGCUCUUCGUCGACGAAGACAACCGUUUCUGAAUCGCCAAUUAUACAACACACCGGCACGCUCUGCUCCCGUAAAGUUGGCCUAUGCGGCCUACGAAUCAACAAGUGGAAACCCUUCGACAAUAACAGAGGCGCCAGCUCCUAUAAUUAUUAUUCAUGGUCUCUUUGGGUCUAAGAAUAAUUGGAACUCAUUGUCAAAAGUAAUACAUCAAAGAACUAGUCGCAAGGUCAUAGCUGUGGAUGCCAGAAAUCAUGGCGAUUCGCCACAUUCUUCGGAUUCUACAUACGCUGCUAUGGUAGACGAUAUAGUUCUUUUGGUAAAAGAUCUUGGAAUCAAAAAAGCAGUAAUGGUUGGCCAUAGCAUGGGUGGUAGAGUUAUGAUGUAUUUGGCUUUAACUCAUCCGGAACUAGUGGAAAAAUUGGUCUCUAUUGAUGUUUCACCUACAAACCAUAGCCCGAGUCUCCUUUCCAUGGUAUCACUUUUUGAUGCUAUGAAAAAUGUGAAACUAGAUGAAAAUGUGUCAUUGUUCAAAGCUCGUAAGAUGACUGAUCAACAGUUAUCUGAUUCCAUUAAUUCUGCAGCAAUUCGUCAGUUUUUACUGACAAAUCUAGUUGAGGCUAAAGAUGGAAAAUAUAAGUGGCGCCUCAAUCUACCGGUACUUGAGAAGCACUUCAACAGUGACAUUAGCAGGUUUCCAGCAACAGACAAAACCUUUAACGGCCCCACUCUCUUCAUAGGAGGCGAUAAGAGUGAUUACAUUACUGUUGAGGACCAUGUGAGAAUCAAAAGAUUGUUUCCGGAAGCAAAAAUUCAAUAUAUACCUGGGGCAGGUCAUUGGGUUCAUUCAGAAAAGCCAAAAGAGUUUCUGGACAUAAUUACUUCGUUUAUCAAUGAAGCACAGUAAUGGUAAUUUUAGAUAGGACGAUGAAUCAUUUCAUACGAAAAGCUGAAGAGUUUGAAAUCACUUUACUCUUUAACAGGAUAUUCGCUGUGAUAAUGUUUAGUGCAAUUCACAUAGUUUUAUAGGAAUUAUCAGAAAAUAAAAAUUGAAUAAGCACGGCACUGAAUUCAGAGUUUAGUCUGACGCAUAGCGUUUUAGUAUCUGCAGUAAGUGACUACACUAGGCUCAGAAAUUCAGUGAUUUAUUUUUCACUGCGACGCAGUGAUAAUUAUUAUGGUACAAUGCUACCUCAAUUCACAAUAAGUGUAUCAUAAACAUAUAUCACAUAAAUAAUUAAUUAAAUUCAACAAAUCAAUAUGCAACAUCUUUUAAGCCUUUGUUGUAGAAUAACAAUAAUUUGGUGCUACUGUGCCAAGUAUACACAUCUUUUUUCACCAAUGUGAUAUUAUACCCGUGCGUAUCAUUUGUGCGAGGGAAAUGUCACGCAUUGAAGAUAUAUGCUUACCAAAAGGAGCAAAAGUUGUCUGAUCACAUAUACUGGGACGUUUAAAAAGGUUCAUUAAGUAGUGUUUUCUUAAACCUUUGAAAGUGUUGAUUGUAACAUAAAAAUGAAUUUCUAUAAAUUU